UAUUCGGGGUUGGCGAGCGUGUGCUACUGUAUGCUGUAUGGCAAGUAUAUCACGACCGAGGUGGAUGCAAGCGGCAGGCAAAAGAUCUCGACGCCCUUGAAAAGGUACUGGCAGACCGAAUUAUGGACUACACUCUUUGACAUGCUGCUGAACCCGACGUUGAUCCGGGAAGGAGAACUGCCGAUCACGCCCGAGUUAGCAGAUUUGAGAGUCAAGUUUGAGGAUUGGCUAGAGGAGAAUUGUCAAAAGAGUGGCAAGAGUCUGAGGUCCAUGUUGAAGAAGAUUGAGCUGCAGGCGAUCACCAGUAGGCGUGUUUGAUAUCUGCUUUGUAUGAAUACCUUGGAGAAAAAAGACAGUCGCGCGAUUUUUGUCUUUUCUAUCACCCACCAUGCAGGAUGAGUCGAGUCAAGUGCAGGUGAUCCAUGAGGGGCGACACGCUUCCAUCGUGCUCUGGAAAAGGUCUCCGGGUCAGUCGAUCAUUGUCAAGGCGUUUCAGCAGGAUUCAAUUCCACUGGAGAUUCUAGUGAUUCGGAAGCUGCCAAGGCAUCGGAACAUCAUCUACGAAAUCAAGGACGUCUUCACGCAAGACUUUGGCAUCUCCAUAGCGUUGCCUUGUCUUCCCGUGUCCCUGAAUGAUGUCCUCACCUCGCCGCUGGACGGACGGCCGGCAGUUCCCCAGGUCAUGGCUCAUCAGCUGUGUGCAGGACUCGCAUUUCUACAUACUCGCCGUGUCGCUCAUAGGGAUAUCAAACCGGAUAAUGUGAUGCUGGAUAGCGACGGGACAGUGGUCAUCAUUGACUUUGGGUCGGUGUGGACGGACAAUGAAAUGUUUCGGGGAACCUCUCCCCCUGAUAGGAUGGAUUAUCAAGUCGGCACGGGUCCCUAUCGUGCUCCAGAACUACUGUUUGGACCGACGAUAUACGAUCCAUUCGCGGUCGAUAGCUGGGCCUUGGGCUGUGUCAUUGGAGAAAUGCUCCUCGCCUCGGACAGCGGUAGAGCACCAGGCACCCUCUUUGAUGCAGCAUUUGGAGAUCUCGGCUUGGCCGGGUCCAUCUUUCGGCUCACGGGUACACCGACGGAGCAAACCUGGCCAGACUUUGGUUCGCUGCCUGACGCUGGCAAAUUUGCGUUUGACUAUCGCGAGGCUGUCCCUCUGCAUCGUCGCAUACACGCACAACCCGAGGCGAUAGAUCUCGUGUCCAAAUUGCUGCAACUCGACCCAUCAACACGCCUGUCUCCAGCUCAAGCAUUGGUUCAACCUUGGUGCUCCCUCCUGGCAUCGCCGCCAAACCUCUCUCGCUCAAGACCUGACGAUGCAUUUAUAGGAGCAGCAAGACUUGGUCAUUCUCCAAUACAAGAUCGUGCGAUGCAGCCAGAUGCCGCCGAAGGUCAUACAGACGAUCAAAUCGUUCGAGACAUGUCUCUGGACAGGCAUAGCGACGCUUCGCAUACGCCUCGCCAGUGAACGCCGCUUUCCCAUCAUCGACCUGUUCAGUCUCAAUUGGCCCCUUCUGAUGUGACAGCAAGUGCCGAUGCAGAUUCGAUAAAUGGGGGUAGGCGUACUCGCAAUGAGGACAUUUGUGACGUCGCUCAGCCUUGUGUACCGCUUGAACAUGCGUACUGAGAGCAAACGCCUACCAGUCAGCACAGGCCACGUCCGUGUACCUUACGGAUUUGAAAGUCUUCUCGCACCCGUCCU